AUGUCAGAUUUCAACAAAGUUAAAGAGAUAAAUUCUAUGAAUUUUGAGAAAAAUACUCUUAAUACUAAAACAAAAAAAGGACCAAAAUUUUAUAGACCUUAUAGAGUUUCCUUUAAUAAUAAAGAUGCUGGAAGAGUUAUAAACAAUAAAUUUUCUAAAGGAAUAAAUAAGUAUAAAGCAUCCAGUUAUACAAAACUUCAAGUUAAGCAAAUUUUAGAAGCAAAGAAUGAUGAAUAUGAAAAUACUGGUGAAAUAGAAUUUGCUGAUAAUAAUUCCAAUCACAAAAAUAUUAGUUAUCAACAAAGACAAAUUACACUUUCAACAAAUUGGAAAAUGGGGAUGGAUGAUAUUUAUAAUAUUAUGUUAGAAAAUGAAGCAAUUCCAAGCAAUGCAACUUGCAUUAAUUGUAAUAAUUUGGCUGUAUUAAGGUGCUUGGAUUGUGGAACAAAAAUAUUUUAUUGUAAUUCAUGUUUUAAUAUUUUUCAUCACAAGGUCAAUUUAUUUCAUCGUACUCUUAUAUUUGAAAAUUUUCAAAUUCAAUCAAAUGAUGUAAAAUUGCCACAAUUAUGUGAAGGAAAUUGUGAGCAUUCUAUAAUUAGAAUUUUAACAAUUACAUUAAAAGGAUGGUUUUAUAUUCAGCUUCCAGCAUGUGAUGGAAAUGUAAAUUCAUUAAUCAAAAAUGGAUUAUUUCCUGCAACACCUUGCAACCCUUCACUUGCUUUUGAUUUUGAAAAUAUAUAUCAUUCAUUUAUUUCUUCAUUUCAUCAAUAUCUUGGAUUGAAAUCAAGAAUUCAGACUAAUUUUAGAAAAGCUUAUAAAAAUAAUGAUAAUGAGUUUGGAUGUCCUGCAUGUCCACAACUAAAAAGAUUAAAAAGUGCGGGAAAUGAUGUUGAAAAUCGAUUAGUUAAUGAUAGAUUUAUUAUUUCUGAAGAUAAUUUUAGAUGUUGGUUGUUAUCAAAUAAUCAAGCUUCAACUACUAAUAUUCACUUAAUGAAUAAUAACAAUAAAUCCGAGACCGGGCCAACAUCAUGUGAAUCCAAUUUUAAGGCCACUAACCAAAUAAAAUCUCUUCAAAAAUUUAAACAUUUAGAUGAUACAGGAAUAUUUGGAAGUACAUGUCGGCAUGGAAUUCCCUUAAAAUUUUUAAAUUUGCGUAAUAUGGGUGAAAGAUAUGUUCUAGCAGAAUGUUUAAUUGAUCAUUUUCAACAGCAAUUUUCAAAAUCAAAUCAGAAAUUUAUAUUUUUAUAUGAUAUUGCUUGUUUUCUUGAUGCUCAUAUUGCCAAUCCAAACAAUAUCCUUUACCCUUAUCUUGAAAGAUUUACAUGGGCAGUUUCUAUAUUUCAUGCAUAUGCCCAUACAUCAAAAUGCCAACAAAAAUACCAUCCAAGGGUAAUUAAAUCAGUAGGUCUUACUGAUGGUGAAUCACUGGAGAGAUUGUGGUCUUACCUUGGUAAAUUUGCCAAAACUACUAAAUAUAUGAAAUUUGGUCAUAGAUUGGAUAUUAUAGGAACAGCACUUGAAUUUCAUUAUCAAAAAUCUGUAGAAAAAUUAGCAAAUAAUCUGUUCAAGAGAUACAAAAAUGCAAAAAAAGUAGAACAUGAAUCAUUAGAAAAAUUAAGUCUUCUAAAUCAACAACAUAAUAUAGAUUUCAAGUUAAUUGAAGAAACAAUAGAAAAACAAAAGACUUCUGAAUAUGCAUUUAAGCAUCAUUUAGAAGGAGAACAUGCAUACUUUGAAUUAUUAAUGGAAUUAAGAAGUAUUAACAUUGAAACUACAAAGAUUAAUAAUAUAAAGAAGAAAGAACUUUUAAGAAAAAAACAUGAUAAUAUACUUAAAAAAAUUGAAAAUUAUGAAAUAUCAUUAAGUAUACCUAAAACACAUCGGUGGGAUCCUAUGGAUUCAAAAUAUAGUGCAUAUCUUGAAUUUUAUUGUAUUAAUCAACUAUCUAAAUUUAUUGAUGGAUUGAGAAAAGAAAGAAAUGAAUAUUUAUUCAAUUCAUCUUAUUUAUAUAAUGAAUUUCACAAAGGUCAAAAGUUAGCAUCAAAAAUUAAAAAUUUGAAUGCUAAUGCAUUAACCAAUAUAAAUAAGACAAUUGAAAAUUAUAAUCAAACAAGAGAAUUUUUAUCGUCUACACAAAAGAAAAAAUAUCUAACAGCAUCAAUCAAGAAUGUUUUAGAUAAUCAAUCUAAUUUUUGGAUAUCACUAGAUAUUAUUUUAGAUGAAAAUUGCAAUAUACCACGAAUUAUUAUGUACAAUGCAAUACAAAAUUUCAAUAACCUUAAUAGAAGUAAAGAAGAGCAAGAACUUGUCAAAUCUGAAAUUACAAGACUUGUUAUUUUUUGGUUAGAACAAAAGGAACUCAUUGAAAAAGCUAUUAAAUUUCAGGAAAAAAAGGAUGGAAUAUAUUGCAAUUUAAUGAAAGAGUUAGAUAAGAUAUCAUUAAAUUUAGAAAUAGCUAAAAAUAUGAAAAAUAAGAUUUUUGGAGACGAUGAUAAUAAUCAAAAUAUUAUUUAUGAUGAGGAUUUUAACUUUAUUGAGGAAGAUGAAGAAGAAAGAUAUGAAGAAGAGAAUGAGGAAGUAGAGGAUAAGGAAGAAGAAAAUGAAGAAGAGGAGAGUGAAGAAGAGGAGAGUGAAGAAAAAGAAAAUAAAGAAGAGGAAAAUGAAGAUUAA